AUGCCUGCAGACAGCUUCCCGCGAUCCUAUAUCCGCCGCGCUUUGGACGACGCCUCUGCAGCUCUGCAUGCGGGGAUGCUUGACCAGAUUGCAAUCAAUUACAGCCUUGGCGUGUUCUCGCCUGGAGACGCCAGCGCCGCAUUGCCGGGCCCACACGUCCGUUCAUUCGCGAACCCACCGAAACGGCAAUCCGGGGUGCCUUCGGAGGUGCCCGAUGGAGCGGCCUUCGAAAAUCGGCAUGUUCGCGCAGCGGAUUGCCCGGAGCAGCUGGCCACGUCGUCGAGCGCCGCAGCAGCGGCGGGGACGGCGUUAUCUGCAGAAGAGCGAUUGCUGGCCAGCGUCGCUGGCAAGAGAUCGGACAAUACCGCUGUGAUUGGCGAUAUGCAGGGCGUGUUCUUGGUUGACCUAUACGGUACUAGCGCGGAUGAGCCGAGGUCACGCGUUUCUCCGUCCCAACAAUAG